UCUCUCGUUACGGUUUUCGUUCGAAGGUAAUGGAUUUGGCGUUGGAAAUAGCAAACAGUGAGGUCGUAAGUUCUUAGAAUUACAUUCUGGAACAAAAGCGCAUUGUUGUAAUUGUUAUAACUGCUGUAACGAACGAACCGAAAGCAUUUCGAUAGCGCUACUGUUCUUGGUGGGCGCACUAUUCGUGGUGACAUACUUUGCGUACGCGCGCGCAACUCUAACACCCCGUCUUUGUGCCCAUUCUCCAGUGAAAGUUGCGAAGUCAUACGCGGUGUGCUCAUUUUAAAAAAUCGACCAAACUACCACAAAAAUUUACCCAGCUCUGUGUAAGGAAUAAUGAAAAUCAGCACAAAAAAAAUUAACAAUUUUUGAGUGAAAAGCCCUGAGAAACGUAAUGCCUUAUCGAUAUCUAGACUAAACGUGUCGUUGCUAGCUAAAGAAAAGGAGAAAAUGGUUCAGCAGGUGUGAUGAUGUUUACGCACGUGCACUAUUCGCAAACUAUCGAGCUUGACCAUUCCAGACACUGACGUGUACCACCUUGGGGAGUUUUCUUCUGCAACUCGACCGUAAGGCAAGCGGAUGCAGCAGUCGGUACGAUCGUUAGCCUGAGUAGUUCGCGUGAUGAAAGCGGGAUGAACAGUGGAAUGUGAAAAGAUUGUGUUUUAGUUGUCCUAUAACGUCGGUUUGCUGAUCGCUGAUCUUCAGUAGCUAAAGCCUAGAAAAUAUCAAGCCGUGAAAUGUAUCUACCCGAAGGCUUGCCCCUUCAAUCCAACAUGGGCGAAAAGCUGUCCCCAUCUCCGGUGGCAGCAGCGGAACCCACCAACACCAAGCACACCACCGGAAAGGAAGUGUCCAAAGACAAAACAAAGCACCGUCGUAACAGUAAGGAAGAGAAGCAAUCGGCCAAGAAGACGCUUAAAUGGCAACCAUCCAUGCAGGAUGAUACCGACCACGAACGUAAAUCCAUGCUAACCGCGUACGUGCUGUGGCUGUUCGGUGGAGUGUUCGGUGUUCACCAUUUCUAUCUGCGCCAGGAUCGCCGUGCCUUCAUCUGGUGGAGUACGCUCGGAUAUUUCGGUAUCGGUUGGAUCGCGGAAGUCCUGCAGAUACCGUCCAUGGUACGGGAUGCGAACGAAGAUCCACGGUUUGUGGAAGAGUUUAACGCGAAGCUACGAACGAACCGGAAGCCACCAUUUUCUACCUGGCGCUUCCUGCUCGCGAUCAUGAUCGGCUACUGGUGGGGUCAGAUGAUCAUGAUUGCGAUCCCGCAGGCCGUGUUUUUCGGUGUCGAUUGGGGAUUUCUGCAUUGGUUGAUACCGCUCGGUGUAGCUUUAGGUGUCUGGACGGUGGGUAAUAUGGGUCGCGAGAAGGGAGUCUUCUGGCACUGUCUGGUAGCAUCGUACGGUUCGUACCUUUCCCGGUACUUUAUCAUGGACGAAGCAUACUGGUUCACGACGAUGGCAUUCUGUUGCGCACUAGCGUUCGAUCACUUCUCCAAGGAAUGGAAUCUGGAAGUUCCGAAGAAACGGCGUCUUACAAGACGCCUAGCGACGCUUACCGCAGCCGCCGUGAUCUAUCUCUCCCUGUGGGGUUGCUUCGUCUACUUCAACGGUACAAUCACGGACAGCGAGGGCGAUGAGGUACCGGUACACGAAGCUCUGUACAACUUCCUCAAGUCUCCCUGGUGGACGGACCUGAAGCAAACGCUCUACGAUACGGUACAGUUCGCGAAGCAUCACGGUUGGGCGGAGGUUUGGAAGCAAAUCAUCGACUCGAUGGAUGCGGACGGUGAGCAGAACGCGUACAAGGUGCUGGGUAUUAGUGCGACCGCUUCGCAGAACGAAAUCAACACGCUGUGCCGCAACCUGUCGAAGGAAUCGCACCCGGACAAGGUGAAGGACGAAGGCAAACGGCGAGCGGCGGAGGAACGGUUCAUGGAGAUACAGCAGGCGUGUGAGGUGCUGAGCAAGACGCGCAGGAAGCGCCGUCAACGGAAUAAGAAAUCCGAUGAGCUGUAGGGUGGGUGGAUAGGGCGAACGCGUGUAUAUAGCUGAAGGAGUUUCGAUGGUGGGUGACGAGCAGAACUCACCGCAUCCAGAUCUGUACCGUAGUGUGUGACUGACAUUGAAUAAAAUAUUUAAUUACCCACUAUCUAAA